AUGUACUUUCCACUUACUUUCUCAUUAUUAUGUCUAUGUAUACUCCAAAAUAUUGAUAUUGUUUCAUCUGAAUUGAUUUCUGAAAUUGCAAAGAAAGCAUUUGAUUUGGAAUUAAAUUCUGGAAAUUUUAUUUAUGGUAACCAACACAUUGCUGAUGCAAUUUUAAAAAUGUUGACUGCCUUCUAUCCAUUUCAACGUUUUAUGAUUUUUGUUGCUAAUGAUGGUGGAAAUGUUGCUAGACGUACUGAUCAUACUGAAUGGUUUAAACAAAAUGAUAAACAUGUUACUAUUUAUGUUACAACAACAAGUAACUCUUAUUUGGGCAGUAAAGAUUGUUAUGGAGAUAUUUCUGAAGAGUUUAAAAGUUGCUAUCCAGAAAAGGAUAAAAUACUUAGAAGAAUUGGAGACAUGUGUGGAGCAGAUGGAGGUUAUAAUCCUGAAUCUGUAGCUGUACGUGCCGUUGUAAGAGCUGACGAUUUAGGUUUGGCUAGCUCUCUUCCUGAAUUUGCUAUGAAGGAUGAAAUUUUUACAUGUAAAAAUGCUACAUCCCCAAAGCAGCGCUGGCGUGUUGCUAUUGCUUUGUUUCAAGAUUAG